UGACGCAGGCGCUGCCGUCAGAGCAGCCGGAAGCGCCGCGGGGAGCAGUAAACAAGCCCGCCGGGAGCCUGCGGCCGUCGCGCGUCCAUCUUUGAGCAGCCGGAGCCCGAGCCCGCCGCGGACCAUGGGCGGCGUCCUGGGCCUCUGCUCCAUGGCGAGCUGGAUACCAUGCUUAUGUGGAAGUGCCCCGUGCCUGCUCUGCCGAUGCUGCCCCAGUGGAAACAACUCCACCAUAACACGGCUGAUUUAUGCAUUCUUUUUACUUCUUGGCGUGAGUGUUGCCUGUGUGAUGUUAAUACCAGGCAUGGAAGAGCAGCUGAAGAAGAUUCCUGGGUUUUGUGAUGGAGGGAUGGGAACAACUAUUCCUGGUGUGCGCGGCCACGUGAAUUGCGAUGUACUAGUUGGUUAUAAAGCUGUGUACCGUGUAUGCUUUGGUAUGGCCAUGUUCUUCCUUCUGUUCUCCUUGUUGAUGAUCAAAGUGAAGAGCAGCAAUGACCCAAGAGCAGCAGUGCACAACGGAUUCUGGUUCUUUAAAUUUGCAACAGCACUUGCAAUUAGUGUUGGAGCUUUCUUCAUACCAGAGGGACCAUUUACAACAGUGUGGUUUUACGUAGGUAUGGCUGGAGCAUUCUGCUUUAUUCUUAUACAGCUGGUCUUGCUUAUUGACUUUGCCCACUCCUGGAAUGAGUCUUGGGUUGAAAAAAUGGAGGAAGGAAACUCAAGAUGCUGGUAUGCAGCUUUGCUGUCAGCUACAGCUGUCAAUUAUCUGCUGUCCCUAGUAGCUAUUGUCUUGUUCUAUGUUUAUUACACUCAUCCAGAAGGUUGUUCUGAAAACAAGACGUUCAUCAGUGUUAAUAUGCUGCUGUGUAUUGGUGCUUCUGUAAUGUCAAUUCUGCCGAAGAUUCAGGAAUCUCAGCCAAGAUCUGGUUUGCUGCAGUCUUCUGUGAUCACAAUUUAUACGAUGUAUUUGACUUGGUCAGCUAUGACCAAUGAACCAGAUAGGCACUGUAACCCGAGUUUGCUGAGCAUCAUUGGUUACAACAGCACCACCAUUCCAACCCAAGGUCAGGUAGUUCAGUGGUGGGAUGCACAAGGAAUUGUAGGACUGGUUUUGUUUUUGCUCUGUGUUCUCUAUUCUAGCAUCCGAACAUCCAACAACAGCCAAGUUAACAAGCUGAUGUUGACCAGUGAUGAAUCCACACUGAUAGAGGAUGGAAUGCCCAGGAGUGAUGGCUCCCUUGAUGAUGGAGAUGAUGUUCACCGAGCCAUAGAUAACGAGAGGGAUGGAGUUACUUACAGUUACUCCUUCUUUCAUUUCAUGCUUUUCCUGGCAUCACUGUAUAUCAUGAUGACGCUUACCAACUGGUACAGUCCGGAUUCUUCUUAUGAGACUAUGACCAGCAAGUGGCCAUCUGUCUGGGUGAAGAUAUCUUCCAGCUGGAUUGGCAUUGUGCUGUACGUGUGGACACUGGUUGCUCCGCUGGUUCUUACAAACCGUGACUUUGACUAAGCUGUGCUGCUCUCUAGGGAGACUGUGUUAGCUUGACCGUGUCUUUGAAACAAACAGUAUUCCAAUUAAUAGUGCAGUUGUAAAUACGUGUGCGUGUGUGCUAUCCAUGGAGUAUACCCUGCUUUAUUCUGCAUGAUUACCUUGAAUCAUGUCUUUUGUCAUUUCACUAAAUGACUUUUUCUAGCUGAGCUCAGUGACAAUUGCUAUAGUGAUGGUUUUCAUAGGAUUACUCCUAGAUCAAGUGCUUCGGGAGCAUUAGAUGUAAGGUCUUUUUCCCCUCAAUUGCAUUAAAUAGUUGUAGGAAAAAGUGCAAGUGCUAGUUAGGGUAACAAAACAGUAUUAGAUCAGGCUUUGCGAGCAAAGGAGGGGCUGCCUUUGAUGAUCUCUGUUGCCUUGAUUCCAAAGUGAGUCUUGAGUAAGCAUUGUUAGACUCAAGAUCCUCCUGUGUGCUGGAGUUUCCUGGACAUCUUGCAGCAGCCUGGCACAAACAGCCCAACACUUUCCCGUACUGAGGGCAGCAGUACCUUUAGCGCAGACGGUAAAUGGAGUAACUUGCACCUGGAGCUGCAGAGGAACAGAUGCUUUCCGCGGUGCCGGUGGGUCUGAUGUGUCCCAUUGCAGGCUGGAGGUCAGACACCCUGGGGAAAAACAUCCUGGUAUCAGAUGCUCAGAAGCAUGUUUUUAAGGCACCUGUUUACAAUGUGCAUCUAUGGCUUGCUUUUUUUUUUAAAGUAGUGUAAAUGGGAUAGUUGUGCUGUAAUUUAUCGCUGUUUUGUGUACCACUUUCUUCUUGGCUAAGCUACAAUCACCGAGUUUGCGAGGAGCUGAGUGAUGAAAACUCUGUAAGCCCUUUAGAGGAAAUUUUUAGGUAUUAUGGUUAAAGUUGAGGAAAAGGGAUGCUGAAAUUACAGUAACUAAAGGAGGCUUGCAUUGACAGGCUUCAACAGAAGUGUUUCUUAAUAUAUUUGGGGCUCUGAAUUUUGAAAUCUUCUAAUGUAUUAGGUAUUUUGCUGCUUGUCCAUUGCCAGGGAUGGAUUUGGGCCUAGGAAGUCUGAGUCUAGGCAUGAGGAAAGACAUUAAUUGGUUUGGUUAAACCACUGUAUAGUUCAUGUGCAGUUAUGAAAUCUUACAUGCUUUUGUGCUUGCUGCUUUGUAAUUGAAGUAGGUAAGCUGCAUUAUUUAUCUCUCUCUCUUUCUUGCUACAACUUGAGACUAGAGCAGCCUGACUGGGAGUGACCCUGAAGCCUUCAGCAGAUGUCAUGCUGAUCUGUUAUGGUGGUGUUUAGACUGUUACUUCCUGUUGCUAAUUGGUCUCGAAGCUUUUAUUUUAAUUAAGUAACUAAACACUGACACUUACUGCGGAAGUCUGGCAUGUCAGUCAAGCUUGAGACUGUAAUGGAAGGAUUAGUAAAGGCUUGUAAUAAUUUGGAAUAUGUUGUUACCUUAUUAAUAAAUAAAUUUGGAUGAAGAA